AUGCCAAAAUGUGAUCCACCGAUGAGGUUAGGAGAAGCACCUUCGCUUAAAUUUGAGGAAUCAGACCCAGUCAGCCGGCCGGAGAUGCUGGACAUGCUACCGGACGAAGUCGAAGAAAUGAAAAACGCUCACGCCAGAUUUGUUGAUUCUAUGAGCACGGUUUCGCCUCAUCUGCACUAUAUCCCGAAUACCAGGGGAAUAAUCUCCACGGCGGGGGGGCCAUACCUUCCUGUGUUGGUCAUCUCAUUGCGAAUGCUCAGGCGGACGGGUUCAAAACUACCUGUCGAAGUCUUUUUAGCCAACGACGAUGAAUACGAACCGCAAAUCUGUGAUGCGGUUCUUCCAUCUCUGAAUGCACGAUGUGUUGUGCUCUCCCAUAUACUAAACGCAGCCCCGAGGAUUAUAGAGAUUGAAAGCUACCAGUUCAAGCUCUUCGCCAUGCUGUUCUCCUCAUUUGAAGAAAUCCUCUUUCUAGAUGCCGACUCAUUUCCGAUUAUACAGCCGGAGUCCUUAUUUACAAAUGAACCAUUCAGAUCAAGAAACAUGGUUACAUGGCCCGAUUUCUGGGCAUCCACCGUCUCAUCGUACUUCUAUGAGAUCACAUCCCAGCCAGCGCCUAGCCCCGGAAAACGAGUCCGGCAAUCCAGCGAGUCCGGCGAAAUCCUUAUCUCGAAAAAAACCCACGCCAAAACGCUUCUCCUCAGCGCCUACUACAAUCUCUGGGGCCCAAACUAUUACUAUCCCCUUCUCUCCCAAGGCGCCGCCGGCGAAGGCGACAAGGAAACUUUCGUCGCGGCCGCCAUGGCCGUCGACGAGCCCUACUACCAAGUCAAGACGGGCAUCGUAGCAAUAGGCCACAACUCAAAGGGCCACCUCGCGGGCUCCGCAAUGGUCCAAUUUGACCCAACAGAAGAUUAUGCACUCCGUGGAUCAGCUGUUAAAGACAUUAGAACUAAAGGAAAGUCCGAGACGCCACGACCCUUCUUCAUCCAUGCCAACUUCCCUAAAUUCGACCCGGCUACCAUAUUCCAGCCGCACGAGGUCAAUCCUGCAUUUUCUGAUGAUGGGAGCUAUUCACGGGCCUGGACGAAACCGCAAAGCGUCAUUGAGAACUUUGGAUCGGAUAUCGAGAGGCACUAUUGGACGGAGAUUAUGUGGACGGCUUGUGAGCUUGAGAAUAAAUUUCGGUCAUGGAAGAAGAAAAAGAAGAUUUGCAAGGGUGUGAAGAAGUAUUGGAAUGCGGUUUUUGCGAAGGGGAAGGGCUGA